AUGGCCCUUCUCCUAGCUGAGCAUAUACUGCCCCUGAGCAUCAUUGCCUUGUCUUAUGGCUUCUCGUUGACUAUCAGACGUCAUCUAUCUGCCAUAUCCAAGGACCAUUUCUGGCCAAGUUCACUGAUCUUUGACGACUUGCGCAUCGGUCCUAAUAUUGUCAGUCUCAGCGACCCAGACCUUCUGAAGACAGUAUAUUCAACCCGUGGAGAGUUUCUCAAGAGUGAGCAUUUCGCCGUGGCUGAUGGUCAGCACAGUGGUCGCCCUGUCUCCACCAUCUUUUCCGCCCGAAGCAACGCAUUUCACGCUCAAACGACCCAACCAAUCGCCAAGCUCUACUCGCUGCCCAGCAUCUUGAAAAUUGAGAGCUUGACGGACCAGUCUCUCGUCAACCUGUACCGGGGACUAUUCGACCGAUGCAUCGAACUGAUUAUGGAGCGUGUCGGAGAUUCGGGCACUUCUCGAGAGAGGACAGACAUGUUGGACAUUUUUCUUCAAGCCAAGGAAACGUACCCUGAUGUGGUGGAGGACAGUGACAUCAUGGCUGCGGGUUCCGAUACGAGUGCGUCUCUGGAGAAGGCAGUCAUUUACCAUGUACUAAAGGACCCCGCCAUCUUGGCCAAGCUGCAGGCGGAGCCUGAUGCUGCUUAUCUCUCAUUUACUCCCAAGUACUCGGAGGUCGAGGCGCUGCCGUAUCUAGACGCUACUAUCAAAGAAGGCCUUCGUAUUCACCCGCCAAUAGGCGUCCUGCUAGAACGCAUCGUACCGAGAUCGGGGCUCAAACUACGUGACGGGCGCGUCAUUCCCGCUGGAACGAUAGUAGGCAUGAACGCGUGGGUGCUCACACGAAACAAGGAGAUCUUCGGUGAUGACGAUGAUGUCUUUCGUCCCGAAAGGUGGUUACAAGUGGAGGGAGAAAGUGCGCGCACGUAUAAAGAGCGUGUUGGCAUGAUGAAGGAGGCCAGCUUCUCCUGGGGUGGAGGCAACCGAGUCUGCAUUGGCAAAAACAUGGCUACUGUCAGCAUUUACAAAGUCAUUGCGACAAUCUUCCGAAACUACAAUUUGGAGCCUACGGAUCGGCAAAGGAAUGGAAGUUGCAUAAAUAUUGGCUAG